AUGACUAAAAAGAGAAUUCAUGCCGUGCCUUCCGAAUCUAAAACUCAGGAAAUAGAGGAUGACACCAAUUUCUAUCUUGACCAAGUCAGUGAUUUAAACGUCAGUUCCGUGCACUUUUUUGACGAGGCUGGUGUAUCAAAAACAACCAUGAACAGGUGUUACGGACAUGCACCUAUAGGAGUUCCAACAUUUGAGGAUCAACGAUCGGCGUCUAAUGCUAACUAUACCAUAAACCUCAUGCAUUCUUGUCUUGGAGUAGACCACAUUAGUGUCAUUGAAGGUGCGUCAAACGGCAAUGAACUUUUACUUUUCUUCGAGGAAGCUGUUGACAUCACAAAGCGGGAUGGAUCUGUUAUACUCAAGAGUGGUGACACAGUCAUCAUGUAUAACUGUCCUUUUCAUCACACCAGAUUUGCAGAGAUGAAUUUCAGAAAUAUGCUCGCCAAAUAUGUAGUUAACCUGUUGUUUCAGCCUGCGUACUCCCCGCACUUCAACACGUGCAAGCUUUGUUUCCACCAAAUCAAAGCGGAAAAUGAAACAGAAAUUGCCAUCUAUGAGGCCUGCAGCAGAAUCUCACUGCAAAAUUGGGUUUCUUAUUUCAGACAGUGUGGAUAUGUAAUAUAA